AUGCAAGUGCCGGUUCUCGGCUGCACUUUCCUCACGCUGUCAGAUCGUGAGGAAAGUACUGCCGAGAACCGGCAGUUGUCAGAGCGGGGAUCGGCACCGAUCAUCAGGGUACUGAUGAUCAGUGCCCUGAUGAUCGGUGCCCAGCAGUGCCACCCGCAAGUUCCGCCCACCUGUGCCCAGCAAUCACCCACCUGUGCCCAGCAGUGCACCCACCUGUGCCACUCUGCAGUGUCACACACCUGUGCCCAGAAGUGCCACCUACCUGUGCCCAGCAGUGCCACCCACCUGUGCCCACCCACCUGUGCCCACCAGUGCCACCCACCUGUGCCC